UGCCGUGAUGUCCAGCUGCCCUGCUGAAAAUGGGGAGUGCCCCAACAGUGAAAUGGGAAACGGAACCCAUGGUAUGGCCCCCUCUACACUCAGCAUGUACACCCCAGAGGAGAUGGUGCAGCAGAUGAAGGAGCUGAUUACAGAGAAUAAUGAGUUAAAAGAAGCCAUGAAACUGCAUAACCAAGCGAUGAAGGAUCGGUAUGAGGAGCUCUCUGUAUGGCGAGAGAAACAGAAGGAGGAGCGUGAGUUUUUUGAGUCCAAGUUCAAAGAAGCUAAAAACUGCUUACAAGCCAAGUGUGUUGAAAAUGAGGAGCUGAAGAAACAACUUCAAAACUUAAAAGAGAGAAAGAAAGAGCCUGAAAUGGAACUGGCACAGCUGAAGACACAGGUGACACGGCUCCAGGCUGAGAAGGCAGAUCUGGUCGCCAUCAUUUCUGAACUGCAGCUCAAGUUGAAUAUCGCAGGGGAGGACUCCUUUGUUGAGAUCAGGAUGAUGGAAGGAGAAGUGAGCAGAGCUUUAAGAGAAAAUCAAGAUAUUAAUAGCCAAGGAACGAGUGACAUGGCUGCCUUCAUGGACAAAUCUAUGGAUGAAGUGAAGAAUUUGGAAUCUGAGGGGCUCACUGUCAGCCUGCUGCUUCACUGUCUCAGAAAUGAGACUCAGCAAAGGGAGAGCCUUGAAAAGGAGCUUCAAGAGCACAAGGAGAGACUCCUGAAGCUGGAAAAGGUGGCUAGUGAUCAACUGGAGAGUGGGACUCAAACGGAAUGGGAGAACGAAGAAGACAAAAGCUCAGAGACGGUUGGUAGUGAAAUAGAAACUCUGAAUCUGCAAGUGUCUGCUCUGUUUAAAGAACUCCAGGAGGCUCACUCUAAAUUGAAAGAAGCUGAGCUGAUUCAGAAGAAGCUUCAAGAAAAGUGUCAGAUUCUUGAAAGAAAAAGCUCUGCUAUGCUGACAGAUCAGGAUGAGAAGCAGCAGCUCUUGUACACCAUCAAGAAGCUGGAGCUGCAGGUGGAGAGCAUGCAGUCAGAAAUUAAGCUGGAACAAGCCAAAACACAAGAAGAAAAAACAAAAUGUGCUGCCUUGCAGGAAGCCUACAGCAAGCUCCUUCCUGAAUUCACUGAUGCAGUGAGCACAGUUGAAGAACUGAAAAGCAAAGAGUCAGAGAGAGUGGAGAAGGUGGUGGUAGAAGAACUCAGUAAAAAGCUAGAGCUGGCAGAGAAGGCCUUGGCUACAAAACAGCUUCAACUGGAUGAAAUUAAGCAGACCAUUGCUAAGCAAGAGGAAGAACUUGAAACCAUGGCUGUCCUCCGGGCUCAGAUGGAGCUUUAUUAUUCCGACUUCCAUGCUGAGAGGGCAGCGAGAGAGAAGAUCCACGAGGAGAAGGAGCAGUUGGCUGUCCAGCUGGCAUACAUGCUAAAAGAGCAAAGCAACCUUGAAGAUCUUGGCAGAAAUUCUCUAGUGGAAAUGCAAAGUCGGCAUGGAGCAAGAACCUCGCUAGAUCGAGAACAUUUGCCUCAUCUUGUUCAAAGAGGAACUGGUGGUCAAGACUGGCAGCAAUCGAAUAUUCCAAUGCAUUCCUGUCCCAAAUGUGGAGAAAUUCUCCCAGACAUUGACACACUUCAGAUCCACGUGAUGGACUGCAUCAUCUGAAUGCUGGCCAACAGCUCCUCACAAAGGGGAGUUUCUUCACCUGCCAAGCAAACAGAUUUUUUUCGGGUAGAACAGGACACAGUUCUAUUCCAAAGAAAGUCUUUUAGGGUAUUUUUCCCCCAUUGGGUUCAGUGAAAGCCUUCACUCUGACCCUCCUUCACACCUCUGAUUGGCUGUUCCUAUUUUAAUUUGCUCUAGGAUGAGAAUGUUUAUAGUCUAAAAUGAAUAACUGUCGUAAAGAACUCCAUGUAUAUUUGCAGCAGUGGAAGCCUUAUGUAACCUUCACCUCACACGCUUCUCAUCCUGAUAGUUGAUAGUCAAUUAUGACUGAGGAGGAUUUAUUGAACCUAGCUGAAUGUAUGCAGUCAAAGGGGAGAUGAAGAUGCACACUUUUUGUAAGUUUGAAAACUAAAGUGGUGAUAAGUUUAACUAGGGAAUACUCAAUUGUGUUGGAGAAACUUAAUAAAAUGAAAUUGUUUUGUAGGACGUUUGGAACACAUCUUGCUCUUUCUCCAAGUAGCAGUUUUAUUGUGGCCCCUUUAACUGUGUAAACUUGGUGUAGAAUACUUGAUGAGACAUACACCCUUCGCUUUGCUUUACUCAGAUAGGAGCAAAGUGCAAGAUAAAUUGGUUGGGCCUGCAGUAUAUAUGUAUAUAUACACUAGUAUAUGUCACUUGGUUUUAUAGAAAAAGUCAUAGUUUAAAAUGUGCAGCUGUAAUGAUUCACUUGAAGUUGUACAGUAACAUUCAAAAUUAUUGUGCUGAAAAGAGUUGGCACAGAUAUAAACUGACUGGAAGAGACUUACCUGGCUUUCUCAUUUACAGAACAAAAAAUAAAUCUGUUUCAAAAUACAGAAACCAA